GCUUUUGAGCUCGAGAAUUAAUGGCGAGGCGCCUGAAGCUUCGAAUUUCUCGUGUGUUUCCCUCCUUCCAGUCUUGCCGUUCAACGAAACCCUCGUCCUUGCCGGAAAGUCCAGUUCCGGCCAGAGAAUUCCGGCGUGUCUGUCUUUCUCCGGUAAAUCCAAAGGUCAUCGACAUUGAUUUCCCGGUGAUUUGCAGUGAUAUUCCGGCGGUUUCCCAGGAUUUUCCGGCUGUCUAUGAGCGACCGAGGCCGCGGAGCUUGCGGCAGCAAAUCUCGAGGGCUGCUGUCUCAGUCAGCUGCGGUUGCCGGAGUUCGAGGUCGAACCGUCCGUUCUCGCCGGAAAAUCGUUAUCCGGGGAGUUCGAGGUCGGAAUAUCGCUGGAAGAAGGAGGAGAAAUGGCACGUGGUGGCCAAAGUCCAGGAAGAGAAAGCUCGGAUUAAAAUUUCCGGCCAUUUUUCUAGCAAUGAUCUCUGCCCUCCUCCUGCUUCUCCGGCCACUCCAUCGCCUGUGAAUUCGUGCUUCAGGUUGCAGGAAAUUAAGGUUAGGAAGAAGCGGAGAAACCCUAAAAUGAGCUCGAAAAAACACAGGCCUAGCACUUCCUCUGCUGAUUCAGGCUGGUUUAGCAGCGAAGACGACGAAACAGAGGCCUUAUUCUCAUCAAAAAGCCUCUCUUCUGAUUCUUCAGAUCUGAGCCAUCUCCAUUCAAUCCAAGAAUCGCCGAUCUCUUCAGUCAGAAGGAGGAAAAGUCACAGGAGAAAAGUUCUAUCCAAGCGUUCUCACAGGCGGAAGAGGCCGGUUCUCAAGGCCUCAGAUUUCCCCGCUGUUUUGCAGGAAUUUGGAGCCGGAAAUGAGACAGAGAGUGAUUUCCCGUCGAAAAACUCAAGUUUCCGGCGGGAAGAUGAGACAGAGAGUGAUUUCCCGGUGAAAACCUCGGAUUUCCGGCGGGAAGGAGACGAGACGGAGAGCGAUUACCUGGCAAAGAAUUCAGAUUUCCGGCAAGAACUCCCGGCGAAUGUGGCUGGGAAAGUUGGCCAGAGCUUCGCGGUGGUGAAAAGGUCGGACGAUCCAUAUGGCGAUUUCCGGAAUUCGAUGGUCGAGAUGAUUUUGGAGAAGCAGAUGUUCGAUGCCAAAGACUUGGAGCAAUUGCUUCAUUGCUUUCUCUCUCUAAACGCGCCUCGCCAUCACGCCAUUAUAGUGAAGGUUUUCUCUGAGAUAUGGGAGGCGCUCUUCUGCAACUCCCGGGAGCAAAUCGAUGGACCGGAUCGGCCGCGAUACGGACGCAGAGGUGAUCUUGGCCGUCCAGUCCAGGCAUGUGGAUGAUCGGACGGUCCUGGUCGCAGACGGGAUCGGAGGAACCGAUGGACGGUCCGGAUGUGACGGCUGAUGCUGGGUUUGAAUCCGGACCGUUCAUUUUAGUUUACUUUUUGAUGUAUGAAUGCGUAAAUAUGAAAAGAAUGUGUCCUUUUGUUAA